AUGGUCUGGGCCGCUUCUGGAUCUUCGCUGGAGGGCGGGAAUGCGGAUCUUUGGUCCUAUGACACCGUACUUGGUGGCUGGACCCAUCAUGACUCUGGCAGUGGGCCAAACCAGCGGCAAAGCCACUCCUCUUUCGUGGAUGCAGCGGGCCAAUUCUACGUCUACUCUGGUGCCUUUGCUUCAGUGCGCUUGGGGCUCUGGCGUUAUCAGCCCUCCAUUCUGGGACCCAAGGCCUGUGACACAUCUGCUUCGAAAGUGUCCGUUAUCACUGCGGUCGGGGAGCUAGAUGAACCCGGCCUCGAAGUGAGCAUGGACGGCCACAACAUCUCAAUGCAGCUUUUGCUCCCGACCCUUCCGCUUCCAUCCUCCCUGGUGGGAGGUGAGAAUCUAACAUGGAGGAUGGAUAUUACUGUGGCCUCGGAGAAUUUGGACCCGAACUCAGCUUGCGAUAUAUGGACGCCCUCGAAUGUCACGUACAAUGCUCGUCUAUCUCACACUGAACUACGGCAAUCAUGUGCUCUCCCGGAGACGAUGUAUUUUAACUCGACUGAUGAUGCCUGGAUUCAGGACGGCUUCUUGGGCAUCUUCCUAGUUUCAGAAGCUCUGCUCGAAACUGUGGUCUUGGGUGCUUUUAAGCUUUCGAAGAUCGUGAUCGACUCGGUCGCGAGGAUGUGGGUCAUACCCUUACGGAUGGCCUUUGCCACCAAGCCUUCCAGCCUACCGGAAGACAUGUUCGUGUUGAAGCAAUGGAAUGGGAAGUGCGUUCGCGCGGAAUCUGGAAGCACGAACCCCGGAAAUGGUGAUCGUCUCGUGUUCUCCGACUCGUGCAACACGUCAACCGCUCUGCUUUUCAAGAAGGUGUACUUUGAGAGUGGCAGUAACUACUUCAACCUCCAGCUCCAGAAUGGCAGAUGCAUCUAUCCCCAAGGGGGCUCGGCUUCCAUGACGUAUAAUCACCCGCUGGUGUUUUGGGACUGGUGUGGAAAUGACGACAAGACAUUAUUCACCUUCAUCGCCGAGGGGGGCGACUUCGUUUGGAAGCACAAGGAGAGGGGCAACAUGUGUGUGCAUCCCUACCUCGGCACUCUUCCUGUAGACGGCCAGUACUUGGUCCUUUUUCCUGACUGCCGGCCGGCUACCAAGCUCUUCUUCACGGAAGUAAAUCCUCUUACGGACUCCUCCACGGUGAGGUGA